AUGGAUCGCUCUAAGAAACCGUCCGCCAUCGGAGUGGGUGGAUCUGUUCCCCAACCUACUGUUUCAAUUCAGGAUGCCACCAUCGAAGCCAGUUUGCCUUCCGGCGAGUCCGUCACUGUCUACCUGUAUGGCGCCACGGUCACCUCGUGGAAGGCCAACGGACAGGAACAGCUGUUUCUGAGUGAGAAGGCUCAUCUGGACGGUUCAAAGCCCAUUCGUGGCGGUAUUCCGCUCGUGUUCCCGGUCUUCGGUCCUCCCCCGCAGAAUCACGCUACCUCGGCUCUGCCCCAGCAUGGAUUCGCGCGCAACUCCACCUGGGAGUUCCUGGGCAAGUCUUCCUCAGACUCGGGACAGGGUGAUCUCGCUGUCAAGCUGGAUUUCGGUCUCAACCAUAACAUGCUGAGCGAGGACUUCAAGAAGGCUUGGCCUUAUGAGUUCGGACUCGUCUACAGUGUCACCCUUUCGAAGGAUGCAUUGGCGACAUCUCUCAAUGUAACGAACGAGGGCAAGCAGAACUUCGAUUUCCAGGUCCUGAUGCACACCUACUUGCGAGUUGCGGACAUCUCCGACAUCCGCGUCAAGCACCUCGAGUCCAAGACCUAUGUGGACAAGGUCCGCAACGCGUCCACUCACACCGAGUCCUCGAAUGCCCUGCCGAUCACAGAAGAGGUCGACCGCGUUUAUAAAGACCUUAACCCGGAGAAGCCGAUCGUUGUUGCCACCGCCGAUGAUAAGGCUCUGUUCUCGAUCACACGGGAGGCGUUGACCGAUGUUGUAGUCUGGAACCCGUGGAUCGAGAAGGCCAAGGGUAUGGCCGACUUUGGCCCAGAUGAUGCGUACAAGAACAUGAUCUGUGUUGAGGCCGGAUCGGUGUCUGCUUGGCAGACCUUGGAGGCUGGUGAUUCUUGGGAGGGUGGCCAGAGCAUCAAGUGCCGGCUGUAA